CCACGACCACGAUAUGAAUUCCGCAAAGACGUUCCUCGAGACGAUGGUCCCCGGCCUACUGUCUGUCAGCAGAGGUGGUUGGGACAGCAUGUUGCCGCCCUCGCCGAAAUGGUCGACGGAUCAGAUCCCGGACUUGUCGGGGAAGGUGAUAAUCGUGACGGGCGGCAACGUAAAUAUCGGUCGAAAAACGGUCAAGGGGCUAUUGGAGCAUAAUGCCAAGGUGUAUAUGGCAUGUAGGAAUGAAGAGAAAGCGAGAGAGACGAUCGAGCAACUGAGGCAGGAGACGGGACAUGAAGCGAUUUACAUACACCUCGAUCUCGCAGAUUUGCGAUCAAUCAAGACAACGGUAAAUGAGUUCCUGAGAAAGGAGACACAGUUACACGUGCUCUUUAACAACGCAGCAUCCAUGUAUCCGCCGGUGGAGGACCUCACAGCGGACGGAUACGACCUGCAGUUCGGAACGAAUGUCCUUGGCCACUUCUAUCUGACGAAGCUGCUCCUUUCAAUACUGUUCGAGACGGCCAAAUCCUCCGUAGGCGGCAAGCCACGCGUCGUACAUGUCGCCUCGGUGGGACAUGAGUUUGUGUCCGGGCUCGACUUUGAGACGUUCAAGGAUUGUCCGAAGAGGCGAGAGAUGAAUACGGUCAAGCUCUACUUCCAGAGCAAGUUUGGCAACGUCGUGGUGGCGAAUGAGUUCCACAGAAGAUAUGCAGAGCAAGGUCUUGUUUCAUUCUCUCUUCAUCCGGGCAACCUGAAAUACGACACGGCACGCAAUACCCGACGCUUCGUCAAAUUCCUGAGCGUGAUCAAUCCCGUGCUUCCUGACGCGGAGAUAGGUGCGUUAACCCAGCUAUGGGGAGGUACCGCGCCAGAGGGGGCACAGUUUGGCGGAAAGUAUUUGAUACCAUGGGCACGAGUGGGAAAAGCAAAGCCAGAGACGGACAAUCUUGAACUUGGACAGAAGUUGUGGGCGUGGCUGGAGGAGCAGGUCAAGGACUUGGAUUUGUAGAGGCUGUAAUUUCCAUCUGCGAUUGAUCGACAUCUGAUCUCCGAU